AUGAUGCCAAUGGUGAGUUGUGAUCACACGUAUGAGGUUCGCGUCCACUCGUUCACUCCAUCCUCCGGCGAAGGGCUUACAGGCUGCUACCGUGUUCGCGUCUGGCGGGAGAACUUAGAGAUGACGAGACAAGAAACAAAUUGGGUGAUAGCCGAUUUUGGUUCUGGUGACGCCAUCUUUGAUGAGUCUUUCACAUUCCACCACCAUUCCUCUAUCUCUAAACUCAUCCUUUCCCUGGAGAUGUACAAGCCGCCACCGAUGCAGAUUGAGCUGAUGAACAAUCCGCCGACACAAGAGGUUGGCACUGGUCCAGUAACUCUCCCAACCGAAGUGCUAAAGCCGAUCGAGGUCAAUGUGCCAAUCUUUGAUACAGACGAGCUCGAAAAAGGAAGCAUCUACGUAAUUCUUGAAAAGACGAAUUGA